CCGACCUUUUUUUGGACAUCAAACCUGUGGAGGACAAAAGGACCUGCCAGUAAAAGCUGACGCGUUACGAGAACUGGGCCUUGGCAAGCUGGAAUGGCUUGCGAGGUUGUGUUGGCAAAGGUUCCAGAUAAAAGCACGCGCCAAGGUAGCUUACUCAUGCCAGCUGGAAACCCUGCAUGUUCUCCUCUUGUAAUAGCGUAUCGCCAUUGGUCCUUCUGGGAGACUCGCAACUCGAUCAACACGGACACUGUGUAACUAAGAGACAGACCACAAGCCACAUUGUCUCUGCAUCCACUCCAGUAGCAACUUUUGCUUGUUCUGCUGCACGGUUUCGGUUGCAGCUGGCGCAAGGUUCUACUUACACCAAUCGAACCGGCCCGGUGGAGGCGCUUAGGUUUCGCGAUCCCCUCACCGGCUACUCGGAUACGGCCUUGUGCAUGAAGUCUACUGUCGACUGGACUGGCUGGCAUUUGCGUGAUUUUCUUGGGACGCAUGGGGAGUGGGACGAUCCAGAGAGGGAAGGCAUGUCGAAAAAGGCGAACUGCGAUGAUGAGUUGAGGAAGGGAAAAGUUCUUACUUCACCCCCUGUUUUUCGCUUUUCAUUGUCCGGGUUUCCGGCAACGAAUUAUGGCAUGCGCUCGUUCCACUCAAGGGAAGCAAAGAAAGAAACCCCAAAGGGAGCCCGACGGCCCAACAUGGGCAUGCGUCAUCGUUGCAGGUGAUCCAAAUGGAUAUCCCUGUGUUAUAGACCAAGUCUCUUGUCUGAACCAAUCCGCUAAGUUAGUCGAAGGGUACUUAGUCACACUUCGGUUGCGCCUUCGUCCCGCUUUUCUUCGGUGCUCGGUCCGAGCAAGGAAGUCGGAAUAUUCGGGGGUUCGGCAGCUUGCGACGACCAUGGCGUCAU